CAUUCUAUAAUUAUGACGCCCGAGGUCCAGAUGAGCUGUCACUGCAAAUAGGAGACACCAUGCACAUACUGGAAACACACGAAGGUUGGUACAGAGGUUAUACUUUGAGGAAAAAAUCAAAAAAAGGCAUCUUUCCUUCUUCCUAUAUACAACUUAAAGAAGCAAUAGUUGAAGGAAAAGGACAACAUGAAACUGUUAUACCAAGUGAACUGCCACUUAUUCAGGAGGUUACCACUACACUACGGGAAUGGUCCAUAAUAUGGCGACAGCUUUAUAUUCAAGACAGCAGAGAAAUGUUUCAUAAUGUAAGACAUAUGAUAUAUGAUCUUAUUGAAUGGCGAUCACAAAUACUGUCUGGAACACUUCCCCAAGAUGAGCUCAAUGAACUAAAGAAGAAAAUCACAGCAAAGACUGAUUAUGGAAACAGUCUCAAAAGCAGAAUCUUGACAUUAGUAGGGAAGCAAAAUUUGCUGCAACACCUUCAUUUGCAUUAUUUGUAAAUCUGAAAAAUGUUGUUUGCAAAAUUGGAGAAGAUGCUGAAGUCCUUAUGUCUUUGUAUGACCCUUUGGAAUCCAAGUUUAUAAGUGAUGGAUAUAACUGACAUAAUUAAUGGGAAAGUAGAUGAUGAAGAUAAGCAGCACUUCAUUCCAUUUCAACCGGUGGCAGGGGAGAAUGAUUUUCUUCAGACUGUAAUAAACAAAGUGAUUGCCGCUAAAGAAGUUAAUCAUAAGGGUCAAG